AUGAGUUCUCCACCGUCUCGGCGGCGGAAGUCUGUGAGCGCGUCGAAUGUUAUGCUCACAAAUGCUGUCUAUUUCCCAAACUACAAGAUCUACAGCGGCGCCUCGCCGGGGAUGAUGAACUACAGUUGCAUCAACCACGUGUACUACGCUUUCGCUAAUGUGGCGGCGGACGGUUCCGUAUUUCUGAGCGAUGAGUGGGCAGAUACCGAAGCACCUUGCGACGGCGUCCAAGGCGGGCUCGGAUCCUUGAUGCACCUGAAGCAGAAGCAUCCGCAUCUGCAGGUCACUAUUUCGAUCGGCGGCGGAAACUCAAGCGAGACCUUCCGAAUCGUCGCCUCGGACGUUUUACUACGAGAUAACUUUGCGCGAUCAGCGAGAGGUUUAGUGGAGGCCUCCGGUAUGGAUGGUAUUGAUAUAAACUGGGAGUAUCCUAUGAACCCCCAGCAGGGAGCAGACUUCCUUGCGCUCCUGGCUGCCAUACGGGUCCAUCUUCCGGAGGAACAGUUUUUUGUCACGGCGGCUCUCCCUGCUAGUCGCACGGUUCUGCAUAACAUCGACAUUGCGAAAGCUGCGUACUAUCUCGACUACAUAAACCUGACGGCGUAUGAUUUCUGCGGCCCGUGGUCGCAGCGAAGCGGACACCAGGCGCAACUGUACUCUAUGAGCAAGGACGAGACGUCGGCAUCCUCCGGCGUUUCGUACCUCGUGGGCCACGGCUGUCCCACUAGAAAGAUUCUGCUGGGUAUUCCCCUUUACGGACGGAGCUUUCUUGGGGUUAGCGGCCCAGGACAUCGAAACAAGGGAGCAGGAGGUGAAGACGGGAUAUUCGAAUACAAUACGCUGCCGAGAAGACACGCUAAAGAGGCCGUGGACAAGCGGAUAGGGGCCGCGAGUUGCGUCGGAGGGGAUGGAGGAUUUGUCACCUACGAUAACCCGGAUACCGUGAAGAUGAAAGCGGCAUACUGUAAACAGAAAGGACUCGGGGGUCUGUUCUACUGGUCUGGGCCUGGCGACUCCCGAGAAAAAUCCCGAAGCUUGAUUGCGGCCGGAUUCCGAGCGUUGCACAGUUCAUAA